CCUUCUUCCUAGGCAGGUUGCCCCGGUGGUGAGGCCCCGCCCCUGCAGCUGCGGAGGGAUUUGGAGGGAUAGAGGCUGCCCUUGGCCCUGAGGGGUGUGCAGGUGACCUGAGUAAAGCCAGGAAGGAGAGGCAGCGCUGAGGAGACCCCAGCGGCCCGCCCCACCCAGCUGGGGCUCAUUGCACCCUCGGGGCAGCGGCCGUAGGGCUUUCCACCCCUUGGUGGUGGGGCGGGGCUGGGGUGUGACUGCCAAGACCCCGACCUGAUGCUGCUGGGAGAGCUCCUGGCGUCUCGCUGUCUGGACGUGGAGCCGCCAAGACCCUCCGCCCAGCAGAAGCCGAGGCCCCCCGGAUGCUUCAGGCUCAGUGGCAGGUCCCUCUGGCCUGGAUGCCAGGACUCCAUCACUGCCCUGGGCUUCCUUCAAGAGACAGAAGAGGGGCUAGCCCUGCCCCCAACUCAGGACCCCCUGGCCCUGGGACCCUGCUGGGGACCAAUGACCCUGGGGACUUUGGACCCCUUAACUAUGGCCAGGAAUUCCAAGAACAUGCAGACCCCAGUCAGCCAGAAGCGCUGCAGCAUGGUGCCCCCUGAGGGUCCUCCAGCCCCACCCCAGAGAAGACCACGCAAACAGCCGCACCCCUGCCGGGGCACUGAGAAAGGGGACCCCACGUUCCAAGGAGUGACUCUGACUUUUCAGUUAAAGCCGGACUGCAGCCUGCAGAUCUUGCCCACCUACAGCAGCCACUCUCAGGGACCACCCGCAAGCCCUGCCAGUGCCCCUGAGCCCAACCCUGGAGGCAGCGAGGCCCAGGCUCCACGAUGCUGUGCCUCCUGUAGGACCCAGAGGACCCCACUCUGGAGAGAUGCUGAAGAUGGGACCCCUCUCUGCAAUGCCUGUGGUAUCAGGUACAAGAAAUAUGGUACCCGUUGUUCCAGUUGCUGGCUGGUGCCCAGGAAAAGUGUCCAGCCCAAGAAGCUGUGUGGCAGAUGUGGGUUGUCCAUGGACCCCCACCAAGACCCAACUCAGGAAAUGAAGAAUAUCCAGGCUCAGUCCCCAGACUCCCUGUUUCAUGAGGUCACCCCCCUGGUUCAGCCCCUUCUCCAGUCGGGCUUGAUUGGACUCCAAAUAAAGGAAACUGUUUCAGCUGUGACUAUUGUUAUUGCUAUUAAUACUUUGAGAAAGCCUGAGCUACUCAGAGCAGUGUGAUUUGGGAAUCCCAUUCUGAGUACUUUCCUUCACUUCUCCCCAUCCUGGGAAGAUGGGGGCAGGUGUUUCAUUGGGGUUGUGAGGAACACACACACACACACACACACACACAGAGAGUUAUAUACAGACCAACACAAGAAUUAACCACAUUCACUCAGCACAGUGUCCUAUACCGGAAAACAGUCACCACACAAACAACACACAUAGAUGCACAAGACAAAUGCAUGUGCUGACACCCACAUGUGAAAGACACACAGAUACAGACUGACCACACAAAUCAAUAGACACAGCCAGUGACAGACACCUGUGUG